UUGGCCCAACCGUGAUAAUCACUCCCAAGGGAAACACUCUGCAUAUAUAAAUUAAGUAGAAGACCUCGUAAGUUUGCACACGGUGAAGCACAGAAACGCAUUACACGCAAAACACCAUUAUAAACAUGAAGUGUCUUUUAUUGUGUAUGUGGACUUGGGUGUUGUUGGUAUUGAUGGGAGGUGGAAGCAUGGGGUGCUUGGAAGAAGAGAAGAAUGCACUGCUCAAGAUUAAGGCUGCCUUCAACCACCCGAAUGGUUCUUCUCUUCCGUCGUGGCGCGAUGGCAAUGGUGACUGUUGCGGCUGGGAAGGUGUGGAGUGCGAUAACACCACUUUGCGGGUUACUCAACUACAUCUGGGCGGUAAACGCGAUUGGGAAUUGCGAGAGUCUGGGCCUUGGGUUAUUCACGCCUCUUUAUUCAUUCCACUGGUGGAACUUCAAGAGUUGGAUUUAAGUACAAAUUCUCUCUCAGAGUUAAAUGGAACACUACACCUGAAGAAAUUGAAGAAGCUAUUUCUAUCUUUCAAUCAAUUAGAACGAAUCCCCUCAUUGUACAAGCAAACUUCAACAGAGGCCCAAAUUUUGUCUUCCAAUCAGCUUGAAGGUAUGAAUCUGGAGCUACUGGAUCUUUUUGGUAACAAUUUGAUCAAUGAUGCCUUCGAGGACAUUACGAGGAUAACAUCUCUUAAGGUCUUAGACGUCAGUUUUUGUGGACUCAAUGCAGCAAAGUUACUAGAAGGUACUUAUGUGAAAAUGCUUUCUUUUAUCAUCUUUUUAAAAUUAAGAUACGGUAAGAUUUUCUGGAACAUAGAAAGCAUGACUGCAUUAUAUUCAACAACCCCCAGAGAUCAAUUUUGGCUGCACAUUUUCUUCAAAUAACUUAGCGCAAACCAACUAUAAUUAUAAAGUGAUAUCAUAGAAGCACAUAUAGUUGUUUGACUUAUGCUUGAAGUUGCAAGAAUUUAGUUGAAUGUCUAGGGAAGCCACCGAUAAACCUAUGUCAUGCUCAAUGUCUUAAUUGUGGGAUUAUUAUGUCGGUCAUCCUUUAAAGUUUGAUCAUUUUCAAUUUAAUCCCUGACCUUUGAAGAUUGAAGUUUGGGCUCCAUGCUUUUAAUGGCGUUCAACUUUUUAACUGGCCAAUCCGAAGAAUAGUGUGAUAACAUAACAGAAGCAAGGAGUUAUUGCUAAUAAUGUACAAAUAGUCUGAAAUGACAAAUUUCCCAAAGGAGUUCAAAUAUUGUACAUGAAUCAUAACCAAAUUAAAUGCAAAAGUCAAUUGGGAAUCAAAAUCAAACAAUACUUAAAGUUUACAUCUUAAAACACAAUGACAGUCAAACUUCAGGGAUUGCAAGUGUUGAUAAAUUCAACUAAGCCAUGAUGCCUAAGAAAUUAAAUGACACUAAAGCUCAAACAUGUUUAGAUUGAUUUUUACUUUAUUCUUUGUGCUUAUUCUAAAUCUUGUGGAUCUUUCACUUUGACCUUUUUUCUUAAGUCGAAACUCCAGUGACAUGCACAACUGUGGACACAUAGUUUCUUGUAUUAUUUUUAAAUUAAGAUAUUAUAGAUAUUGACGGUACGUAUAGUAAAAAACAAAUUAUUUUGUACUUUUCACAAAGCAACAAAAGACGCACAUCAUGUGUUGUUUAUGGUAAUACUUCUUGAUUAAAUUACCAAUAUAAAUGCAAGCACAAUAAGCGUAUCAAGGUUUCGAAAUCUACUAAUUUGAUUUGCAAGUA